UGAAUGAUUCUUCUUUUCACUGAUCUAUCAGUGUUAUGCUUGGUCUUGAGACAUAUUUUUCCCUCCUUUUGUGUAAUUUCCAGCGUAUAUUUGGGGUUUCAACUCUUGAAGCAAUAGCUCAUGAUGACUUCAGGAAGCUUGCAUCAGCAAUAUACUUGCAAGAUUGAGGAAAAUAAAUAUAUAUAAGAACUCAUCAUCUGUGGGGCACCUCUGUGAGAAAGUAUCUAAGCUAUACCCAAAACACUAAAAAUCGCUGGAUGGUUACCAAAAACUGCUCUAAUCUGGCUUCUUGUUGGGUAUCCAAUCAAGCUUCUUCCUCUAUUUUGUCAGGGUAUGCCCCCUCCACCCCAGGUUCAUGCUUACUCCUGAUAGAUUCUUGAAAGGGAGGAAGUUUGAUAUUAAGAAAACAAAGCACAUUGGGCUGAGAUGCUUCAAUGGAGGAAAGACUUUGGUGCUGACACUAUCAUGGAGAUUGACUUGUCUUCCCACAUUGUUAGGGUUUAAUUGACUUUGAAGAUUGGUGUACUUAUUGAAGACAAAGAAUUUGUGGAUUCAUGUAUGAGAGGAAAGCCUUGGAAGGCAGGAAAAUUUUAUUCGAGUCUUCACGUUACGCUAUGGUCUGAACACCUUCGUCUUCCAGGUGGAGAGAUUGAGCAGCUGCAAUUACAUUUGCAGCAAGAGAAAUCUAUGCGGAUGAUGCUUGAAAGGGCAAUGGGUCGUGCUUCUAGUACUUUAUCUCCUGGACACAGGCAUUUUGCUGCACAGACUAAAGAACUAAUAGUGGAGAUUGAGCUUCUGGAAGAAGAGGUUGCAAAUCGUGAGCAGCAUGUUCUCUCUCUCUAUAGGAGCAUUUUUGAACAAUGUGUUAGUCGGCCUACUUCUGGGAAAAACUCUGGCAUGACUUCACCAGCCCAUACGAAGAAUGAAUCUAGGAAACACCCAAGUAUAAUUUCAAGUGCUUUUUGUUCCGCAAAGAAGUUCCCUCUUCGACCUUUCCAAGCUCUGACUUCUAUAAAUGACUCGGGGAAAAGAACUUUACCAUCGCAAUCUAGGGCACGACAUGCUCCGUUGCUUACUGGCAAAUCCAACAAUCAUUUUGAGAAGACUCGGUCCAACCCCGGUAAGGUUCAAGAAAUGCUUCCAACUAUGAACAAAACUUCAGUGCUGCGAAGCCUGAAAGAUCAUCUCCACCAGUGCCCAAGCAAGUUGUCUGAGGAAAUGGUUAGGUGUAUGGCUGCUGUCUACUGCUGGCUUGGUAGUUCAGUCUCUGCAAAUCCAACAACAUUAAAACGAAGUGGUAUCAGUGAGGAUAGGGACUGGUCUUGCAAAUCCAUGGUUGAAAUAUCUUCAAUAUCAACUGAUAAGAACCACUUCUCUCGUGCAUCUUAUGCCAUUAACAACUACAGAGUUCUUGUGGAACAACUGGAAAAGGUGAAUGUGGCACAGAUGGAAACCAAUGCCAAGAUUGCAUUUUGGGUCAACACUUACAAUUCUCUCGUCAUGCAUGUAUGGUCUGCUCCAAAUUAUUGUUAUCGCCGUGGUAAUGUAGCUUCAAUAUUGUGCUUCAAUGAGAAUAUGGACCGAUGUUCACAAGAUAAUGUCAGCAUCAUCAUUGUUGAUUUGGGGAGGACAGAUUGGCAAAGUUUGCCUCGUUCAGAAAGAAAUUUUUGUUUAGCUUUUGCUACUAUCAGUAUUGUGUCAUUAGGAGUAUGGUUGUCUUCUCUGCUUUCUGCACGAGUUCUCAAGCCUGACUUUGUAAAUAAAUCCUCACGGAUUUCUAAUAUAUUUUGUAAUUGUACAUUUAUCACAUCUUAUUGCAUUGUUUUUUAUUUUUAAUUUUGCUUUCAAAUUUA